AGGAGCCAGAGGAGGCGUCUGCUGCAAGUUCCUGGCUGUUUCUGAGCUCACCCCAUCCUCCAAGAGGGAGGAGGCCCAAGUGAUGCUACUGCUGUUGCCACCUCUGCUGCUGGUACUCUAGCAAGCCUAAAAGGGUGGAUCCAACCAGAGAGGCAGGGGAAGACAAUCCCCCGUACCCACUGCUGUUGAUGUUGGGUUCAGGGGCUGCUUCUGACUCAGUCACAAGGAAAAUGGACCCAGCUUGCAUCUCUCCCUCCUUUCAACAGCGUCUCCAGGUCUCAGCAUGGGCUUCCAGGACAACAGUUGAGGAGACCUUAUCAAGGAGCACCGUGCAGUAGAUGCUGAUCCAUCACACUCCAGGAUAAGAAACAGUAACAUGGCAGUACCCAUUUGAAAGGAUUAAAAAGUGAAAGACCCCACCCAGAAAGGAACAAUGUCCAAGAAAGGGCGAAAUAAGGGCGAGAAGCCCGAGGCACUGAUUGUUGCCCUUCAAGCUGCCAAUGAAGACCUCAGGACCAAGCUCACAGACAUUCAGAUAGAACUACAUCAAGAGAAAUCCAAGGUAUCAAAGCUUGAAAGAGAGAAAACUCAAGAAGCAAAGAGGAUCCGUGAGCUGGAGCAGCGCAAGCACACGGUCCUGGUGACAGAACUGAAAGCCAAGCUGCACGAGGAGAAGAUGAAGGAGCUGCAGGCCGUGCGGGAGAAUCUCAUCAAGCAGCAUGAGCAAGAAAUGUCAAGGACAGUGAAGGUGCGGGAUGGGGAGAUCCAGAGGCUCAAGUCUGCUCUCUGUGCUCUCCGGGAUGGCAGCAGUGACAAAGUAAGGACAGCGCUCACCAUUGAGGCCCGGGAGGAGGCCCGGAAACUGUUUGACGCGGAGCGCCUGAAGCUCUUGCAGGAAAUUACGGACCUGAAAACCGCCAAGAAGCAGGUGGAUGAGGCCCUGAGCAAUAUGAUCCAAGCAGAUAAGAUCAAGGCUGGGGACCUGAGGAGUGAGCAUCAGUCCCACCAGGAAGCCAUCUCAAAGAUCAAGUGGGAGUCAGAACGGGAUAUUCGACGGCUGAUGGAUGAAAUCAAAGCCAAGGACAGAAUCAUCUUUUCCCUGGAAAAAGAACUGGAGACUCAGACAGGCUACGUCCAGAAACUCCAACUACAGAAGGAGGCUUUGGAUGAACAGCUCUUCCUAGUUAAGGAGGCGGAGUGUAACAUGAGCAGUCCUAAGAGAGAGAUCCCCGGAAGGGCCGGAGAUGGCUCUGAACACUGCAGCAGCCCUGAUUUGCGAAGAAAUCAAAAGAGAAUAGCUGAAUUGAAUGCCACUAUCAGAAAAUUAGAAGACAGGAAUACCUUGCUGGGAGAUGAACGAAAUGAAUUGUUGAAACGUGUGCGGGAAACUGAAAAACAAUGUAAACCUCUCCUGGAGAGGAACAAGUGCCUCGCCAAGAGAAAUGACGAGUUGAUGGUGUCUUUGCAACGCAUGGAAGAGAAAUUGAAAGCCAUUACCAAGGAGAAUUCCGAAAUGAGAGAAAAAAUAACAUCUCACCCACCCCUGAAGAAAUUAAAAUCAUUGAAUGACCUUGAUCAAGCUAAUGAAGAACAAGAGACAGAGUUUCUAAAACUUCAGGUCAUAGAGCAACAGAAUAUUAUUGAUGAACUCACAAGGGACCGAGAAAAGCUCCUCAGAAGGAGAAAGCAUAGAAGAAGUUCCAAGCCAAUCAAGAGACCUGUUUUAGACCCAUUCAUUGGCUAUGAUGAGGAUUCCAUGGAUUCAGAAACAUCGUCCAUGGCCUCAUUUAGGACAGACCGGACACCUGCUACUCCUGAUGAUGACUUGGAUGAAAGUCUAGCAGCUGAGGAAUCUGAGCUACGGUUCCGGCAACUAACAAAAGAAUACCAGGCCCUCCAAAGAGCAUAUGCUCUCCUACAGGAGCAGACUGGAGGCACAAUUGAUGCUGAACGGGAAGCCAAGGCUCAAGAACAACUCCAAGCAGAGGUGCUAAGGUAUAAAGCCAAAAUAGAAGACCUGGAAGCAACUCUGGCUCAGAAAGGCCAGGAUUCACACUGGGUAGAAGAUAAACAACUUUUCAUUAAGAGAAACCAGGAGCUUUUAGAAAAGAUUGACAAACAGGAAGCAGAAAAUCACCGGCUACAACAGGAACUACAGGAUGCCAGAGACCAGAAUGAGCUGCUGGAGUUUCGAAACCUAGAACUAGAAGAGAGAGAGAGGAGGUCUCCUCCGUUUAAUCUACAAAUCCACCCAUUCUCAGAUGGUGUGAGUGCUCUACAGAUCUACUGUAUGAAAGAAGGUGUGAAGGAUGUAAACAUCCCUGAUCUCAUAAAGCAGCUUGACAUCCUGGGUGAUAAUGGGAACUUAAGAAAUGAGGAACAAGUGGCCAUCAUUCAAGCCAGCACUGUGCUCUCCCUAGCAGAGAAGUGGAUCCAACAAAUCGAAGGAGCAGAGGCGGCCCUGCACCAGAAAAUGAUGGAACUGGAGAGUGACAUGGAACAAUUCUGCAAAAUAAAAGGCUAUCUGGAGGAAGAACUAGACUAUAGAAAACAAGCUCUUGACCAAGCAUAUAUGAGAAUCCAGGAACUAGAAGCUACUUUGUACAAUGCCCUGCAGCAAGAAACUGUUAUCAAGUUUGGUGAAUUGUUAAGUGAAAAACAGCAAGAGGAACUAAGGACGGCAGUAGAAAAGUUACGGCGGCAAAUGCUGAGGAAGAGCAGAGAGUAUGACUGUCAGAUUCUCCAGGAGAGAAUGGAACUCUUACAGCAAGCCCAUCAGCGGAUCCGUGACCUAGAAGAUAAAACAGACAUCCAGAAAAGGCAAAUAAAGGACUUAGAAGAAAAGUUUCUGUUUCUAUUCUUGUUCUUCUCUCUUGCCUUUAUUCUAUGGCCUUGAUGUCAAGGUGCCUCUUAAAGGAAAAUCAAAAACAUGGAUCAUACCCCAGAAAGGCAAAUGCUUCUAAACCUUCAACGAUGGCAAAAUUGUUUACACCAGUGCAAGGGAGAUCAAAAAUUCAGAACUACCCUGCAGCCAAGACUGUGUACUUUAAAGCCAUUAUUCAAGGUUUCUUACUUGACAGUUCAAAGUGACCCUGUUGAAAAUCUACAAUAUAUGCUGCAUUUAAUGAAACAUGUGUAUGUCAACCCAGAAGAAGGGAACUAUAAACAUAUAUUGUGUAAAGAAAAAAAAUUAACAACAAAACAAGUCUCAGCAGAUCAAGCAAAGAUGUCUUGGGCAUGGAACCAAAGUUAUAAUGCAACAUUCAACUCCUGCUGUGCAGGGGAGUCAUUUUAAUGUAACACCACACCCCAUUGAAACACUAUUCCUGAAAAUAAACAACAUUUUAAAAAAGUCAGAACAAACAAAAGAAAAAAAAACAAGGGUGGGUGGGAAAUGAAGCAAGAGAAAUACCUAUGAGAAGCUAUUUACAAUAAAAUGUUUCCUUUGAAAAGUCUGGUUUCUUACUACAGGAAUAUGCUUUUCUAUCUUUAUGAUUGUUUUAAACUCAGGAACACAGACAUCUGCAGUGUGAAUGGAAGAAAAGCACUCUCUGAAAGGUGGAGCUGGUGGAAUGCAUUCCACAGAUGAAAGUGGAUCCAGCAAGUGAAACAUCAGGAAAACAAUGCAGAUUGGAUGCUUCCUUGUUCUUCCAUAUCUGCAUUUCUCCUCCAAGAAGGGACUGAUGUUAUUCAUAUUGAAAAUGAGGAAGAUAAUGCUCGAACUCAAAGCUCAAUUCUGUUCAGGACGCUAACACUGUUAGGGAACAUGGGCUGGAGACAACCUCUGAAUCCUCCAAUUUCCAUAGUCCCAAAUUUCAUUUUAAAUUUGCCUGCAGAUGCAUAUGCUGUAUGACUUGGGUAAAAACAUCAUAGAGGUGAUAUUAUAAAUUUCUACCAAACAGUUGAGUUUGAUACAGAGAUGUGCAUAUUAAGAACAUCCUGACAUGCCCAAAGUAAUCUUACCUCUUGUCAUUGAGGAUAAUUUUUUUUCUAAGACAGCUGACAGCAACAAGAUAGCUCUACUUUUUUAUCUAGAGGUGCCCUAAUGUUACUGAUGAGGUGAUUUUCUACCAGAGGCAAUAGAAGACUGACCCUUUUCCUAAGUUAUCUAUUACUGAGUCUUGGAUUCAGCUCUGAAAGUAAAUACACAUUCUUUAAAAAAAAAAAAAAAACUAAUUUUACACCUCAUUUGCUGUAGAUAACAAGACAACCUCAAUUUUUCAAAUUUUCAAGGUUUUAUUCCUAGGAUUAUAAUUCCUAUGUACAGAGAAUGUUUAUAGGGAGCCAGAAACUCUCUUUAUGAAAUACUAUACUAUUCUUUCCACAUGUGAAUUCAGUUUUCCUUUAGUUUCAACACUGGCAUUUUCAAAGCAAGAACAAUAGCUGAAUAAUCUAUAAUGAAAAUAAGAAUGAUAGGGUCCCACUUCUUCUUAUAUUUACUGCUGACCCAGGUAUUUGGCCCAGUCACUUAACCUCUCUGUGCCUCAGUUUCCUCAUCUGCAAAAUGGGGGUUAAAUGCUUUGUCAUAAGAUUUUAUUUGCAAUUUGGGAACAAGAGGUGCUUAAGGUAGCACAAAGUGCUUUGUAAUUAUUAUAAAUGCUGUAUUAUUUGACUUUCUUGUACUGUUAAGGAAAAUAUUUCUUUAUGUAAUAAAAUAGUGCUUCAGUUUCAUUACACUUUAGCCUUGUGUCACUGAAGCUUCCCACUGAGCUACCUGGGACAUUAUAAGCAAUAAAGAUUGAGAGAGUCAAAACCAA